GCCGUGGGGAGGCUCCCUGAGGGCAGGGCCGGGUUGCUCAAAAGGCUGAGUAUCCCCAGCGCGGCACCAUUCGCCAUCCGCUCGCGCUCGCGAACACAGCAACAUGUUGCCGCGGAGGUCCCAGUCCUGGGGCGACGGCGCCGAAGAGGAGCCCGAGAAGCCCGGCCCAUCAUCGGGCAGUGAGCAGGGCAAUGAGCAGAGCGAGACCAAGAGCUCUGGAGAGGAGGCACCGAAGGAUCAAGGAGCGGCAUCGCAGGACAGCGUGCAGCCCCAGGCCGUCAACGCUCCCUGGACCCCGGGGCAGCAACUGGCGCCAGAGCAGGCCCAGCAAGCCCCAGGUAGGCGCCAAGCUCCCCGCCUUCCCAGUCUCCCUGCCUCCGGGCCCAAUUGCAUCCCUUCAAGUGUCCAUCGUCCCCCCCUCCGUCUUCCCCGCCCCAUCCCAGCUUUCCACCAGGUAUCCUGGGAGGUGAGUCCUACCAGGAUGGCUCUACUACCACCUUGGGAUCCCAACUAUGAGGUUAAAGCGGGAACUCGGGUGCUGUGGGCGGCUGGCUGCGGAUCCGGUGCAUCUUACUCUGGGCGGACUUUGUGGCAUCCAUCCUUCUGGCCACUGUACGAGACCAGCUCCGGUGGGACCAGCUCUGGUGGGACCAGCUCUGGUGGGACCAGCUCUGGCGGGGCCAGCUCCAGUGGGGCCAACUCUGGUGGGGCCAGCUCCGGCGGGGGCUCCCAGCCCCAGGCCCCUGGCGCUGGCCAGCAGCCUGCUGAGUCGGUGGCCCGGGAUGCAGGGAUCCCUGUGCUGUGCAGGGAAGAAAUCUUCUUGUUAGAUCCUCUGCUUCCCCAGGGGCAACGGGUGCCUCUCUUGCUGUCGGAGGUCCCUCAACAGGUGAGAGCAGUGCCCUGUGGAACGCCCUCUUCCCUGUCUGGCUGCUGGAGGGCUGGGGCUGUGGGGGAGACACUUGUUCUCUUCUCUUUUCAGGCCAUGGGCUCCCUGAGGCUGCUGUUGCCUCCUGCGAUCAUGUCUCCCUUGGUCGUGCCCACUGUGACCCGGAGCACCUCCACCGCCUGGCUCACCGGGCCGGAGCUCAUAGCUGUCACUGGUCUGCUGCAGAUGAGUGAGGGGGCGCCACGACCCAGCACCCCCCCUCAAACUUCUCCUCUUUCUGGGGACCCCCCAAGCUCAGCCGAUGAGCCCCAGGACCCCGAGGGUGGCCAGGACUGCCCUCCGGGUCCUGACUCGGACCUUGCACGGUCCCCAGGCCCCCAGAGUCAGUAGCUCCUCUUGGUAAAAGGUGGGGGGGGGGCCCAGCAUAAAGUCAACCGCCUGCUUCCCUCACAAGCUUGAUGAAAAAUAAAAGUGUUGACUUGCAAACUUGG